UAAUUUUUAAGAAUAUCUACAUGUAAAUUAACUUAGACAUACAACGAUAAUAAAUAAUCCAGGUGGCUCUAUUGCCUUUUUUUUUCCAACGGAUUGGUUAAGUUCUCAGACGUCAUUGAAAAUGCAGAUUUUCGUUAAAACUCUAACUGGGAAGACUAUUACUUUGGAGGUAGAGCCAAGCGACACAAUCGAGAAUGUAAAAGCAAAGAUUCAAGACAAAGAAGGCAUUCCGCCCGACCAACAGAGGUUGAUUUUCGCCGGAAAGCAACUCGAAGACGGUCGCACUUUGUCUGAUUAUAACAUUCAGAAAGAAUCUACCCUUCAUUUGGUUCUUCGUUUGAGAGGAGGAAUGCAGAUUUUCGUGAAGACAUUAACUGGAAAAACCAUUACUUUGGAGGUAGAACCAAGCGAUACUAUCGAAAACGUAAAGGCCAAAAUCCAGGAUAAGGAAGGAAUCCCGCCUGACCAGCAGCGCUUGAUUUUUGCCGGUAAACAGUUAGAGGACGGUCGCACUUUGUCAGAUUACAACAUCCAGAAGGAAUCUACGCUCCAUUUGGUGCUUAGAUUGCGUGGUGGGAUGCAAAUAUUUGUGAAAACUCUUACUGGAAAAACCAUUACGUUGGAAGUUGAACCCAGUGAUACCAUAGAAAACGUCAAGGCAAAGAUUCAAGACAAAGAAGGUAUACCGCCCGAUCAACAGAGAUUAAUUUUUGCCGGAAAGCAAUUAGAAGAUGGUCGCACCUUAUCCGAUUAUAAUAUUCAAAAAGAAUCUACGCUUCACUUGGUACUUCGUUUGCGAGGUGGUAUGCAAAUAUUUGUUAAAACCCUGACUGGUAAAACUAUAACUUUAGAGGUGGAACCUAGCGAUACCAUAGAAAAUGUAAAAGCUAAAAUCCAAGAUAAAGAAGGUAUUCCACCUGAUCAGCAGAGGCUUAUUUUUGCAGGAAAGCAAUUGGAGGACGGUCGCACCCUUUCUGAUUAUAAUAUCCAAAAGGAAUCCACUUUGCAUCUGGUACUUCGUCUUCGUGGUGGAAAUUAAACUGAGCAAAAAGUUUUAUAUUGAAAAGAAAAAUUAGUUUCACUGUUUCACUUAAAUGCUGCUUGAGUGCACUCUCUUAUUUUACAAAAUUAUAUAUUUUUACAUUUUUUUCUUUAUUCACUCUUUCAUAUAAUAAAUUAGUAUAUACAGUUUGCUUAAUGUCAUUUGCUGUAUUUUCAAAGUUUGAAAAUUUGAAAUUUAACUUUCAAAAUAAGAAUAAAGUUCAUUAAUAUUCAGUUUAACUGUAAACUGUUUCCAUUUAUUAUCACUGAGAUUAAUGUCUUGUGAAAUCUAAAUUUGAUAUCUGCAUGUGAUUUUUCAUUAAACUGCUCUAGUGAAUUUUUUUUACCAGGGACCAAUAAAAUUUUUUCAUACAUGGUUCAUUAAUCUAAAUUUGUCAAAAUAAACUUUGUUUUAAACAUAGGAAAUUAAGUGGUGCUUAUAAUUAAUGUUCCAAAUUUUUAAAAAUACAGUACUAUCACAAACAUUAAAGUUGCUUUAUUUUCAAUGUUGAAGUUGCUGACUUUAAGCAUUUUUAGUAUGACUUACAGGAUCAAAAAAACAAACCUUAAAUAGAAUAUUUUAAGAUAAAUAUCUUCAAAAUAGUUUUUUCUGGUUCUUAUAAAUGUCACUUGGCAAAAUUCAUUUUGAAAGUUGUGAAUGCUAUUGUAUGAAAAGUAAAGUUGCUCAAGACAAUUUGUGUAGAAGCCCUUAUAAAACUUCAGAUGUAUUGGUGUG